AUGAAGGCUAUAUCAUACUAUUUUUUAAGAGGUGAAACUACUGUGAGAAAUAUAGUGGAAACUACUAGUGAAUCGUUGUGGAGUGUAUUACAACCGUUAUACAUGCCAGUUCCUACUAAAGAAAGUUGGACUAAUGUGGCUGAAAGAUAUCAAGAACUGUGGAAUCUACCCAACUGUGUCGGCAGUAUUGACGGCAAGCAUAUAAGGAUUAAAGCACCGGCCAAUUCAGGAUCAGCAUUCUAUAAUUAUAAAGGAUUCUUCUCUAUAGUAUUAAUGGCAACGGCAGAUGCCGAUGGAAAAUUCAUAACAAUAGACGUUGGAGAAUACGGUCGCAAUAGUGACGGACGUGUUUUAAAAGAAUGUGCUUUUGGUCAACAAUUGCUGAAAAACAAACUCGAUUUGCCUGAACCAUCAACUUUACCAGGAGAAGAAAAUGAACCACCAUAUGCAUACUAUUUUGUUGGUGAUGAGGCUUUCCCUCUAAUGAAUAAUUUAUUGAGACCUUACCCAAGGAGACAAUUAACAAAUGCAAAACGUAUCUUUAACUACAGGUAA